GUGGGAGUGUGUUAGUGUGCGUGAGCGCGCGCACGUGUGUGCGGUCAGAUGCUAGUAUGAGAGAGAGAUUCCCGCUCCACACUGGCUCAGUGUUGUGGAGUGUAACCUGUGGGUCGAUGCAACGCUGCGAAAAGCAUGAAAAGUGCGAGCCCGAAGUUCACAGUGAGAGGAAGGUGCGCACCAACCAGCUGAAGCCUCAGGCCUCCACCAUGGGAAUGUAGCACCUGUGUGGGACUGCUGAGCUCCAGAUAUUAGUGUUUGUACACAACGAGGAGCUCUUGUCUUCUGGAAGAUAAAGACGACCCUGGUCGGACAUCAAGGUCCUGAUGUCCAGUGUUGCACCACCGUGUGAUUUGGUUACAGCCAACUCCUGUGGGACCUUGAAAUGUUACAGAGUUUUAAAGGCUGUCUGUAGGGAACUAUGUGCAGCUCCCUGAGCCCUAAACAUCCCAGUAGCCCUGGCCUCACAGACAUGCAGCAGUAUCACCAGUGGCUGGCCAGUCGACAUGAAGCCAGCCUGCUGCCCAUGAAGGAGGACCUGGCCCUGUGGCUCACUAAUAUUCUCGGUCUGGAAAUCACCGCCGAGAGCUUCAUGGAUCGCUUAGACAAUGGAUUCCUGUUGUGCCAGCUGGCUGAGACACUACAGGAGAAGUUCAGGCAGAGUAAUGGAGAUCUGCCCGCCCUUGGCAAUACUAAGAGUAUUCCAUAUCGGAGGAUACCAUGUCGGCGGAGUGCUCCCUCCGGCUCCUUUUUUGCACGUGACAACACAGCUAACUUCUUGGCCUGGUGUCGUGAGGUUGGAGUUGGAGAAACAUGUCUGUUUGAGUCAGAGGGUUUAGAAGUAGAUGGAACAACAGCAGUUCUUCACAAGCAGCCACGAGAGGUAUGUCUCUGUCUCUUAGAGUUGGGACGAAUAGCAUCAAGGUACAAUGUGGAGCCCCCAGGCCUAAUAAAACUGGAGAAAGAAAUUGAACAAGAAGAGAAAGCGCCUCUACCUCCUCCAUCACCCGAAUCUCCAGCGCCGCCCCUCCCUCCAUCUCCUGCUUCGUCUCCUUCCCCAACUCCGUCCCCUUCCCCAACUCCGUCCCCUUCCCCGACUCCGGCCAAAGUGACAUCCAGUAAGAAGAGUACAGGAAAGCUUUUGGAUGACGCUGUGCGACAUAUUGCCGACGAUCCCCCCUGCAAGUGUCCAAAUAAAUUUUGUGUAGAAAGACAGUCACAGGGUCGAUACCGUGUUGGGGAGAAGAUGCUCUUUAUCAGAAUGCUGCACAACAAGCAUGUGAUGGUGCGCGUUGGUGGAGGCUGGGAGACCUUUGAGAGCUACCUGCUGAAACACGACCCGUGCCGCAUGCUCCAAAUCUCCCGGGUGGAGGGUAAGACGUCUCCCAUCAGCACCAAGUCCCCAAAUAUCAAGGACCUCGCACCAGACAGCUACCUGGUGGUGGCAGCACACUACCGCAGCAAAAAAUAAAGAGAUGAGACUGUAGUUUGUCAUUAGUGAAAGGACACAGAGGAAAAGGCUGAUGGAUAUGGCAAUCUAACAUAAUGAUGCCUGGUUUAUUAAUACAGUAGCAACAGACACAGCAGCAUUCAUUGAAAACUCACGUAUGUAAUAGUGAUGCUUGGGGCUUUUUUGUGGGUUUGUUUAUUUUAAAUAAUUCAACCAAAUGGAAGUUUUAUUUUGUUUUACAUUAACUGUGAAACUAAAGCCAAAUGCAUUGAACAUUACAAUAUGAGUUAACUUGAUACAAGAGAAGUGGUGGCUUUAUCAGUCACUAACUGUUAUUUUAAACUAUAUACGAUAUGACUCCACCCCUGGCUGAUUGUACUCAAGUAAGAUUGUAAGUCGCUUUGGAUAAAAGCGUCUGCUAAAUGACAUGUAAUGUAAUGUAAUAUGAUUUUUUUUGUAGGUAGACUUUCUACUUUUUAGUGCACAUGGUGUUUAAAUGUAAUCAAGCGCAUGGUGUUUCUCUGCUUUUAUACAUGUCCUGAGUGAAGUUGUGCAGGUUUCAGGACCUACAGGAGGUCAGUAUUCAUUAGCAUAUGUGUAUGUGAUGGCUGAUGGAAAGUAGACACUUUUGUUCAUGCGUUUUUCCUCCUCCAGGACUUUUUGACCUGAUUGCCAUAUAUUAUAGUGGAUGAGUCAUGUAAUUAACCAAAUAUUGACACGAUGUCUACAUUCUCUCCCUAAAACCAAGUAUUGGUUGUAAAAUGUUAUGGCGUUUAUUUUGUGUAUUUUUUAUUAGGUUGUUGCAAUGCUUUGAUUGUUUGUACAAAUAUUCUGUGCAAUGCAUUUUUAUACAUCUAACUAAAUAUAACUAUUUGACAAUCAUCUUUAUAUUAAUUCAUAUUCUAUUGCUUUAUUCUCCACGAGGGUCGGCUGGAGCCAAUCCCAGCAGACAUAGGGCGAAUGUUUAAGUUCUUUUACUAGUUUUAUGCCAUUCACUUCUAAAGACUGAAAUGUGUUUCACAACAAUUAAGAAACAUAAUUCACAUGUUCAUUUAUCGCAUUGCUUUUCCCACUUUCUUACCAGAAAACUGAUGCGACUAUUGCAGGUCAGUGUCUUUGACAUGUGACAUGUAAUCCACAGGCCUGCCUGUGGUAAAAAAAAAAAUCCAACAUAUGCUUUUAGAUGUCAAGUUUCAAUAAAUUCUUAAAACUUGA